CUCCUCCGCCCCGGCCGGAAGCGACGCGCGGGGCGGUCGCCGCUGUUGCUAGGCGGAAGCGCGGCGGGAGGCGGCGGUUGGCGUUUAAAGGCUCCGCGGCGGCAAAGGGCCGCGAGUGGCGCCGCUGCGAGUCGCGCUGACGGCGCCGCCUCCCCGCGACCCGGAGCAGCGCCGGGCGGAGCGGGGACAUGGUGUCCAGAGCCGCCGACCGGCUGCUCAUCGUGGUCUCCAUCCUGGAAGGGCGCUAUUUUCCAAAACGACCAAAGUGUAUGCUUAUAGUUGAAGCGAAGUUUGAUGGUGAACAGCUGGCUACUGAUCCUGUAGAGCAUACUGACCAGCCUGAAUUUGCCACUGAAUUGGCUUGGGAACUUGAUAGGAAAGCACUUCAUCAGCACAGGCUGCAGCGUACACCUAUCAAACUCCAGUGUUUUGCAUUGGAUCCUCUAACUUCAACUAAAGAGAACAUAGGCUAUAUUGUACUUGAUUUAAGACCUGUCCAGGAAAAGAAACAGACACCAAAAUGGUAUCCUUUACUUAGUAACAAGUACACUAAGUUUAAAUCUGAGAUACAAGUAGGUGUUGUGUUGGAAACUGAUACAAAAGCAGUGGUGGAUGGUUUUAAAGCAAAGGAGGCGCCUCCUAGAGAAGGGAAAGUAUCCACCCUCCUUUCUGGACUGGACCCUAAAAGUAUUGUAGCAAUCCUGAAUGAAGAAGAGGGCUAUCAUCAAAUUGGACCAGCAGAGUAUUGUAGAGACAACUUUGUUUUGUCUGUAACUAUUGCAUUUGCCACACAACUAGAACAGUUAGUUCCUAGUACUAUGAAGCUUCCUGAACGACAGCCUGAGUUUUUCUUCUACUACUCACUAUUGGGAAAUGAUGUCACAAAUGAACCUUUCACUGAUUUAAUUAAUCCAAACUUUGAGCCAGAAAGAGCUUCAGUUCGAAUACGUAGCACAACUGAUGUCCUCCAAGUUUAUCUUUGUGCACAGUCAAAACUGCAGAUCCAUCUUUGCUGUGGGGACCAAUCUCUUGGAAGCACUGAAAUACCACUGUCUGGACUGCUGAAGAAAGGAAAUGCAGAGAUUGAUCAGCACCCUGUGGCAAUAGAAGGAGCAUUCAUCCUUGUUCCGCCAAACAGAGCUAAACAAAAACUGCCACAGUUGCCUUUGGACAUGGCUCCUACUGUUGGAGUAUCUGUAGUUCUGCAAAAGGAAAGCUUUUGUGCCCAGCCUUUCAUCACCUUAAAUGCUCCAACUGAAUCUGAACACCCACAGAAGAAAGUUCUUUCACCUACUAGGAGAAAAGCAGAGGGCUUGGAGCAGAGAUACCAGAAUGUCCCAUCUCAUACUGACCAGUCUUCUCCCACAGAAGAUGAAGCAACAGAAAGUGAAAUGGAAAGUCUUAAGUCUGAUAAAGGCACAAAGCUAAAUAAAAAUGGGUUGGUGUCUGAGUCUUGCAAAGAAGUUAACAAACAGUACACUGAAGAGCUACCAGUUUGCAAAUCCCAAAGCAGAGCAAAGUCACCUUUGUCAGAGCUGCAAUUUUCCACUGAGAAUGCUCCAGAAGCUGUAUCUCAGUCCAACCCUGUGGGUGCAUCAAGUUCUUCUGAGCCUGCUUCAGCACAGAAAAUUGUCAUUCCAGCAGCCUCUCACCAUUUUUGCUUUUCAAUAGAUUUACGAAGUAUACGUGGUCUGGAAGUUGGGUUUCCAAUAAAUUGCAUUUUAAGGUACUCAUAUCCCUUUUUUGGCAGUGCAGCACCUAUUAUGACAAACCCACCUGUAGAAAUCAGAAAGAAUAUGGAGGUUUUUCUUCCCCAAUCCUACUGUGCAUUUGAUUUUGCCACAACACCUCAUCAGCUUCAAGACACAUUCUUCAGGUUACCCCUGCUUGUUGAAUUGUGGCACAAGGAUAAAAUAGCCAAAGACUUGCUUCUAGGGGUUUCAAGACUUCAACUUUCAAAUGUUUUGGCUUCGGAAAAAACCCGGUUCUUGGGUGCUAACGGUGAACAGUGCUGGCGCCAGAUCUAUAAUGAAACAAUCAGUGUCACAGCAGCACAAGGGUCAAGUAACAGAAUAGCAGAGCUUUCUUAUGCCAUCACUUUGGAAGACUAUGGGCUUGUGAAAAUACAUGAAGUUCUGGUGUCGGAUUCUUCUCAAUGUGUAGGUGCUGGUCAGCAGCAGCAUGUCCCUCAGCCUCAUGCUCCAGAAAUCCAGCCAGAGCCUCGAGAAACUCUUGAAUACAAAGCAGCACUGGAGUUAGAAAUGUGGAAGGAAAUGCAAGAAGACAUUUUUGAAAAUCAGCUUAAAAAGAAGGAAAUGGCCCAUAUGCAAGCACUUGCAGAAGAAUGGAAGAAAAGAGAUAAAGAGAGAGAAGCACUAGUGAAGAAAAAGGUAGCAGAAUAUACUGUUUUGGAAGAACAACUUCAGAAAACCCUGAGAGAUCUAGAUAAACGAGAGCGACAGCUUUUUAGUGCAGAAUCAGAGCUUCAAAGAGUAAAGAAGGAGUUACAAGCAGAGUAUGAGCGAAAUAUGCAAGAGUUACAGGAUUCUGUACGGCGAGCCAAAGAAGAAUGUGCGCAUCAGGUUGAGCUGGAAAGGUCAAAAAUCAAACAGCUGGAAGAAGACAAGCUUCGCCUACAGCAGCAGCUUUUUGAAGCAGAAAAUAAGUAUAAAAUUUUGGAGAAGGAAUUCCAGCAGUAUAAAGAACAACAAAGUUGCAAACCAGAAAUCCGUCUACAAUCAGAAAUAAAUCUUCUCACUUUAGAAAAGGUUGAACUUGAAAGAAAGUUGGAGUCAGCUACCAAGUCAAAGCUCCACUACAAACAGCAAUGGGCAAGGGCUUUGAAAGAACUUGCGAGGUUAAAACAGCGUGAACAAGAAAAUGCAAUGGCUCGCCUUAAAAAGCAGCAACAAGAGCUGGAGCACAUGAGGCUGCGCUAUUUGGCAGCAGAAGAGAAAGAGCUGGGGAAAACAGACCGACAAGAGCUGGAGGACAUCAGAAAUGAACUUAACAGGCUAAAGCAACAAGAAGAAGAAAGAAAGCAAUUGCAAGAUGCUGGAGAGAAUUUUGCUGGUAGAGCGGACAGUCUUCAGUCUAGAAAAUUAAAUGAGAACAUGGAUGAUUAUCUAUCUCGUCUGAUAGAAGAGAGGGAUACCCUGUUGAGAACAGGAGUAUAUAAUCAUGAAGACCAUAUUGUAAGUGAACUUGAUCGUCAAAUCAGAGAGGCUAUUGAAAAAAGGAACAGCACUAAAUAGAAGCAUAUAGGAAACUAUAAGAAGUCAGAGCCUAAGUUGGAACAGAGUAAUUAAUUUUGUAAACCUGUAGUUCUUACUCUGCAAAGAUGUAAGGACAUGCUUAAUUUUGCACGCUGUUGUUAGCCUUUUUGAAGUCAAUGUAAAUAUUUGCAACAUAUGACAUUAAGGACAGUUUUAAGUUUUAUGGGGGGGUUGCUGCUUUUUUAAUGUUUUUAUACCAUAUUUAUAUAUGUGUAAAAUAUGUAUUUAUUUUGUGUACUCUUCUGAAAUGUUUUCUACCUCUUUGCAUCACCCUGGCUAGAUUUACUUGUAAUAUUUUUAUGGCCCUAAAGUUUUUUGUUCAAUAUUAUCAUAAUUUAUUACAAUUUUAAAAAAAAUCUUUUCAACAGUACUAGGAAAAAGUGACAUUAACUUAAGCAAAGUGCUGUACUUGAACAAAUGUCAUUUCUUAUCAAAUUGCAAGGUAUUCAAUUUUUGCUUCUGCACCCAUAGUCAAGAUAACUAAGUUCUGUAGCUAGUAUUCUUUUAAGAGCAUAGGUUUUGGAAAACUUGUAAUAGCCAGUGAUAAGAUUUUUGGGGGGGGGGGUGGAACCCAAAGAAAAAUCUAUCAAACUGAAACUCCAUGAAAUACUGAGUAACUAAAUCUGGGAUGAACAUGUGAGGGGGUAAAGCCCUAAUUCAGGAACACCUGUGCAUGCUUAUAUCCAUCCCUAAUGAGGAAGGAUAUUUGAAGCGCUGAUUAAGUGCAUUUACAUACCUCAUUUAAAUCUGAACACAUACAUAGUAAAAGUAACAAGAGCUUUUCUAAGUAAAGAUGUUUUCCUUAAUCAAGGUCUAACCCAUUUACAGUGACUAACCUGAAUAUCAAAGCAUAUUUUCUCAAUACCACUUAAAUUGUAUGUGAUUUUUAUUCAGUUGUUGAAAUAUGAACAAGACAAAGUAUCAAGUUGUUAAAAACCAGAAGAGAAAUCUACCAGAAAUAUUAGUUUGUGCAUAAUCACAGUUGAAUAAGGACAGUUUUGGAUUCCAGCCUUCACUCAGUUUCAGUGAUUUUAAAAUCAUAUGUGUGGAUCUAGCUAGCUAUAUAAACUUAGAACGCUGUCCUACCAGUAGGGGGUUUUGUCUGUCCCAUUGGCACAAAUGUUUUUCUUUUUGAAUCUUGUAUAUUUGAAGAGAAAAAAAUCCUAGGAUUUGAUUUGUUUUAAAAUGAGCAGAGAUAACCAUACAAAAAUUCCUUUUUCUGAACAUAAGAAAAUUAGUGUACUUCCAUGGACAUAACUGUGUAAGUGUUACCUUCCUCUUUUGGAUGGUAUGAGUUACAGAAUACAGACUUUCUAUUGCAUCUGGGUGUGCCUCUCAAGUGCAUUAUUUCUCCUCCUCUAACAACUAACCUACCUCCUUGUGUAACAAACUGUUUGUUUAGGCCCAUUAGAAAAGCUUUAAACAAGUUAUAUAAAUACCAAGAUCUUUUUUCCAUGGGAAAUUAUUACUUAUGGAUGCUAAAUUUCACAAGAAAUGCUUUUUUGAUACUUUGUACACUUACUUUGUUCUUGUAUUUUUUUUAAUGAGUGUUCUUAAAGAGGUCCCACUCUGCUAGCAAAAGGAAUAAUACAUGUUUAUAAAUCCAUGACAGUUAAAUUUUAAAAUUUGUACGUUAUGGCUGUAUAUCUUAUCACUGAUGCAUGAGCAUAUGCAAUUAUAAUAAAAUGAAUGAGGGGGUUGCUUGUAUUUUGAAGGGAAGACCUGAAGCCGUUUUUCUUCAAAUGCCUUUGCUAGCAGUGUAGUUUCUUGUUCAAACACGAGGGGGUGCAUUAGACUUAAAGAUCUCAAAAUGGUUGAAUGUAAAAAUUCCUAUAAUGAAUAAUUGGUGAUCUUUCAUAUUGGUAUUCUUUGACUUUUCAGGUGUGUUAUUAAAUAAAAUUCAAAUUUUAAGUAUU